GCAGGUGGUAAAAUCCAGGGAAGAGUUCCCCAAGCAAACAAUGAGUGAGAGAAAGAUUCCAAAAUAUGAUUCUUGGACAACUCAGCAACUGAAAGAAAUGGCUGUUAAGGUGUUAAAUGAGUAUGUGGAAGAGGCCCCUUAUUGCCACAAACCAUACCCACAUGCUUACUAUUAUUUGGCACAAAUUUCUUUACUUGAGCAAAAACUAGCUGAAUUCAGGAAAUAUUAUGAACAAGGCCAGGAUGCAGAAGAAAAGAGACUUCCUUUUUUUGAACCAGUUUCCCUGCCAAUGAAAGAUCUCAUGACUCCUGUUUAUCAACUAUUUGUCAAUGUACAGAAACCAACUGGGUGUGGCAACAGGUCUUGCAUUCGGAAGGUCAAAGAAAGUGAGCUGAAGUCCUGUAGUCGAUGUAGGGAGCAAAAAUAUUGCAGCAAGUAAGUACAGUUGUACAGUUGUAUUACAUGUCAUUUCCUCACAAAAAGGGGCAUGAUGCUCAAACUGACAAAUCUUUGUAAUCUUUUAUUAAAGAAUCUCUAGUGGUGGGAAUGAGAUACCGUCAAACCCUCUUAAUACCAACACUGAGGGGGCCAUAGAAAGUGUCCAUACUAAUGCGGUGUCCGUAUUAAGCAGGUUGAAGUUAGAGAAAAUUUAAAGGCUAGGGACAAGGCAAAGAGUCUGUAAUAAUAAUUAUGGUGUCCAUAUUAAGCAGGUGUCUGUAAAGCGGGGUUCAACCAUACCAAUAAUGUCGUUGCCAUAAUAUGUAUUACAUUAAGCUGAAUAACACCUUUCGACUUGCAUACGUGUAGGUCUAUCCUACCCUAUAAAACCCCUUAGUCACUAAUCAUUUAUUUUCAUUAAAUACUUGUAUUCUUUUCACAAUUUUCAGAGAAUGCCAAAAAGCCGACUGGAAGAAUCAUAAAGCAGCUUGCAAAACAACCUUGUGAUGCUGUAGAAGUUUUCAAGUUAAAGGGCUAACUACCUGAAAUAUUUCUGUUGGUGAAGCAAAUGACAGAAAAGUCAGGCUCAUUAUUGUUUCUUUGAAAAAACUGUGGUUACCAGGGGUUUACCUAUCUCUAUUUUGCAGGGUGAACGAUGAUACUUUUUUUGGGCCGGAUGCUCUCCCUCCAUCUUGGACAUUGAAACUAACAGUCAGAGAGUUGGGGUGAACUGAUUUUAAGGGAGAGGUUUAUGAUGGGUUAAAAAUAGAGGAGUCUUUUUUUUUCUUUCAAGAUGGAGGCCACUAUAUCUUAGUACCUUUGAGUUUCCAUU